AUGACCACCACCGGUGCAGCCAAGGAGGAAGAUGAUGAAAUGGAGGAAGCACCUCUGGAUCUAGGACCCGGUGAGAUUAUUAUGAUCCUGACGGAAGUGACCACUGACGACCUCGUUAAAACAGGAUGUGAGCGUGGAGACAAACGGGGAGAGACAGGAAGAGGAACAACGUCACACCAGGCGUCGGAGGAGGUACCAGCCCCCCAGAUCCACUCAACUCAUUUCAGCAGAGGCUCCUCCGAGCCGUUGAGAGGGAUGCAGCCCAACCUGAUGCGCACAGGAAGGAGGAUGAAGAGACCCUCUUUGCCAUGAGCCUGGUGCCAAACCUGAAGAGGCUGCCUCAGCAAAGAAAAGCGGCAGUCAAGGUUAAAAUUCAUCAGCUGCUUUUCGAAGCCGAGUUCAAUGGUUGGUUUAUUUUUUCUCCACAACACAGGUAG